AUGGACGAGACUGCGAGGAGCAAGGAUGUUGAUAACGUCUUCAAUGGCUGGCUCAAGGCCGGUCUGCAGUCGGGUGAAGUAAUCACCAGAUCCACUACCCAGAUCGGGGGUGGCGGUCUGGGCGGACUGAACGCAGCACUGGACAAGCUCAAUGCCAAUGUCAGUGGAACUAAAAUUGUCGUGCCAGUCUAA